CUCUUCUUUUUCCCCACCACCUCUUAAAGAAAGCCCACAUCACUUCCCCACCCCCCCACCCCAUCAAUGGCUUUGGAUGGGCAGCAGUAGAAGGUGGUGGAGAUGGAGAGGGGCUGCUCGAGUUCUCUUGCCGUCUCUGGGGCCUGUGGCUCUAAUGACUCUCACCAUGGGCUGAAGUUUGGGAAGAAGAUCUACUUUGAGGAUGGGGUUGGUGGUGGAAGCUCCACCAAGGCCUCAUCAACCACUGCGUCGGCCUCGGCGUCGCCGACGCCGCCGAAGAGAGGGAAGGGGGUGGUGCAAGGAGGGCAGCAGCCACCCAGGUGCCAGGUGGAGGGGUGCAAGGUGGAUCUCACUGGUGCCAAGGCUUACUACUGUAGGCAUAAGGUGUGUGGCAUGCACUCCAAGUCUCCCAAGGUCAUUGUGGCUGGCUUGGAGCAGAGGUUCUGUCAGCAGUGCAGCAGGUUCCACCAACUACCUGAAUUUGACCAAGGGAAACGGAGCUGCCGCAGACGUCUGGCAGGCCACAAUGAGCGCCGAAGGAAGCCACCUCCUGGGUCGUUAUCAUCACGGAUCGGACGGAUGUCAUCAUCUUUUCAUGAGGAUAACAGCAGAUUCAGGGGCUUUCUUAUGGAUUUCACACACCCAAGGCUACCUGGAACCACACAAGAAGUAUGGCCAACAGUUCGGGCUGGUGAUCGGAUGCCUAGUCAUCAAUGGCAGAGCAGUUUAGGAGCUCCCCCUCCUGGUGAGGUGGCGCCACAUGGUGCCUGCCGAUACAUGCAAGUCUCCACUGCUGGGACCCUGUUCUCUCCUCCAGAAAUUCCACCUAGUGAAUGUCUCUCAGGAGCAUCAGACUCCAAGUGUGCUCUCUCUCUUCUGUCAACUCAGCCAUGGGGUAGCACCGCUACCAGGAAUGAUCGGGCUUCGACGAUUCCAGCAAGCAGCAGCUUCAGUGGAGCACCAAUGGCUCACCCAGUUAUCUCGAACCAUUACGUAGCCAGUUCGUGGGGAUUUAAAGGUCAUGAAGGCGGCAGCAGCUCACUGGGAGUCCAUCAUGAGCUAGGUUUGGGUCAAGUAUCCCAACCUGAUGACAGUCAGUUCUCGGGUGAGCUCGAGCUCGCCCUGCAGGGAAGCAGGCAAUGCAUGGACCUUGAUCCUAGUAGGGCCUAUGGCCAUUCUGAUGAUGUGAUCCAUUGGUCCCUUUAAGACCAUUUGCUCACGGUGCUUUUGGGACCAUUGAUUGUGUUCCUUCCAGUAUUCUGAAUUCUUGUCCUCCUGAACUUUUAAGUUUUGGCCUAUCUGGUGAUUCUAUGUGGGAGUUAAUGAACCUGAAACACUUUAUAAUGGUUUAUUCGCUUAGUUGUAACCUUAAGAGGCA